UGGGAUUAUUAGAUUUGCCAUGAUGCGCAGGUCGAUGUCAACGGUCGGUGGAGGCUGCUCGCAAAUCGGAAUCAAAACAACAGCCAGAGAGCGAGAAUAUCCGCUUAUUCACCGAUGUGUCUUCAUUCAGUCCUCCGAGUCGAUUGGUGACUGCACUUACAAAAUCCUACAAACUAUACAUAAAAUAUUCUCUCCGAUCCAGCAUCUCACAAACAUGGCAUUUUACUUGUAACAGGCCUUGCGACCUUCCAACUUCCUCAAGCAAAUUGUGAUCCAGCAACCUCCGCGGGCAACAGCAUCGACUUAGGUUCUCUCUACUACCAUCGGGCCCAGGGAUGACGGGAGCCUCAUCUGCAGCCCAAGUUAGCGUCAGAAACAACUAUGACGAAUUCGAAUUUGAGGAGAACUUCGAUCGUGAGGAAUUGGAGAAGGCAAUGGGUGAGGCGGAACGUCGAUAUGGAGCUCAGUCUGAGAGCUUAGUGAGACGUACCGAUGGCAUGAUUGCUGGGCAGCCAGCAGAGUCUCCAUUUAUAAUCAGAGACAUUGAGGACAUUGUCUCAGACCAAGGUGACGAUGGCUCUUUAAUCUCUCAACGCACGAUAACUCCCUUGGUAUAUGCUGAACACGCAGAGCAAAUUGAGUCGGGAGAAGCGGAUGAUUCUCUUGCCCCAUUCUUUCAGUUCAGGAAACGAGGCUUCUUCAAUGUAACUGAUCUGGCUGCGCCAGUGUGGUGUGAGACGCAGUAUGACUAUCGGCUACGGACGUUACCGUUCUUGCCGCUGGCUGAGAGACCCGACGUAAUCACCGCGACAUCUGGAAAGCAGAUUGUUGUUGACAAGAGAAAAAGAGAAAGUGGCGAGAGGAUAAUGAAUCGGGGCCGAAAAGUGCAUAAACAAUUGGAAAGGGAAAUACACCCUAAUGAGAUCGUUGUCGAUACGACUACCCGGGAAGAUGUAUGGGGUCUGAGGUUCCUCAAUAUGUUGUCUGCUGUUGAGGCGCUCUUGACCAUCGGUAAAUGUCGAGAAAUGCCAGUCGUAGGAUUUGUCAACGAUAUUCUGGUCCUUGGUAUCAUUGAUGAAAUCGUCCGUUCUCCAGUCGAGUCUCCCAAAUUGAAAGCCUCAAAGUCGACCACCCCAUCCAAAUCCCCCAAUAAUACAUCUCGCCAGACGUCGCUUGCCAACUUCUUCACCUCCAUAAAACAUUCUCAGGUCGUGGACCAAACUUCUCCUUCAGUGGAUCUGCCAUCGACCGCAUUAUCACAACAAUCUAGACCUCGUACCCACAAGCUGCACAUUUCCGACUCCAAGACACGCGCAGUAUUAUCGGUGCCACGAGACGAUGACAUUAAGGCGGGAAAGAUACAAGUCAUGAUGUACAAGGAGAUGCUGGACGCAAUCUUGCUUGCGCCAUAUCGAUCUUCUACACCUUCGACUGAUCAGCAACUGUUAGAUGACACAUUCUCGAUCUUACCCUCACGAGCUUCAAAACCCUUUGCUUGGAAGAAGCUUUUCGACCAUCUAUCGCUCUCCCCAACUGAACCAUUCUCUGAGCAAUUUUUUAAGGAGGGGCGGAUGGUUAUCGAAGGCAACAAGCUGAGACAUGGUGCGACCAAGGCAUUGUGCCUUCAAGACUUUGUCCAGGUGUGGGAAAAGUAUGUCGAGGACCUUGGCUUGGGGUAUAGUAAAGAGACAAAGCUCAAAGGCGUACGGGAAAAAGGGGAACAAUGGGAAAAUCUGGGGAAGACUGAAGAUAGGCUUGAGUUGGUAUAUAGAUGGGCAGGAGGGAAAAAGAAGCGAAAAAGGAGAGAAGCCCACAAGCGGCGGAAAAGAGAUUUUAAUCGAGAAUCACCAAAUAAACAAGACGAUGCGUUGGAAGUAGAAUUUCAAAGAGGUGAAGCGCCGCUUAGCAGAGGUCAUGGGCAUUUGGAAGCAGAGGAAGAACAGCGUCUUAUCCAGCUAGCAAUCGCUGAAAGUUUGAAUAUCGACCCAAAUGCCUCAUCAACCAGACCUUAUCUCACCACGCCCAUUCUCACGCCCACCUACACAAGAUCAGCGCCCCAUACUACCCCAGCAUCUACAUCCAGGAAGCACAAAAAGGACAGAGACGAAAGUACUGUUCAUGAGGAUGAGGAGUAUUGGACUUCGACUGAUGAUGAGUUUUACGCCCACGUUAUUGAAAAUGGGCUGGGUGAAGACCGUGCGGGUGGUGAUAGGUUUGUACCCGGGAGCGUUGAUGUCAUUCCCGAAGGAGCUGCUACGAAUAACCUUACCACCACCACGUCCGAAGUCCCCUCAACAUCAACGCCCUCAAAUCCAGAGUUCUCACUUUCUCAAAGCUCGCUUGCCUCUUCUACACCAUCGAAAAAGCCUAGCGAUGUCCAUACCUCACAACUCUCCGGUCUUAUCUCCCAAGAAAGAAUAAAGACAAAAGCAAAGAGAAAAGAUGAUCUUGUGGCAGGAUCUAUAAUCGGUCGUAGUGCAUUUUCACACUCUCCAAAGUUCUUGACGGACCAUCUUGAAAGUGUCUUGCAGUUCUGGAUGGGAGAGCGACCGCCGAAGGGUGUAGAGAUACAUGAAGCGAAGAGAUGUGCGUAUUGUGAAUUUGAAGAUGGCUGUGAAUGGCGUUUGAUGAAAGUUGAAGAACACCGUCGGCAGAUUCAAGAAAAGAAGAAUAAAUUGUGACAGUUGAUUGAGACUUUGCGUUUUUUUGUUGUCCUUGUCCAGUGAAUGUUCUUGUUCAUCCACCGUUGUAAUCCGUAGUAAUAUAAAUGCAUAGAUAGCUGAUACGAUACGGAGGACGUUCUGAUAGUGUACAUUUUGGGAAGAAACAGGAAAGGUAUUAAGAAACCAAAACCUAAAUCAAACAAUCAACAAAAGUCCACCUACAAUCUUCUCCAUAACAAAUUUGACCCCAUCCUGCUCCUCCUUGCCCACCCACACAGCCUGCCCCCCCGAAUCCAACCCCAACCUUCUUCCCCACGAAGGCUAGCCAAUUGGUUUGGCCGUAAACUCACACCAGUACCCAUAGAUCACAGAUCCCCAUACCAGUACAUUCAACAAUACAAGCAGGAACACCGCCCAAUCAAUGGUACACCCAUACGAGCCAUAAGGCCAGAGGGAGCCCCUCUGGUACUCAAAACAGUGAGUACAUGAAUGGGAAUGUAUUGGUAAGAGCGUAUCCCGUUGGGAGGCGUGAGGGCAGGUUGCUUGAGAGAAUGGUGGAGGAGGCGCUAAGAGGAGAGUAGUGUCUGAAGAGGAAGGAAGGGGUUUGUAUGACGGCGGUGAAGCAGGGACAGUGUAUGACGGUGGUGAAUGUGCGGGUAACGAUGGCGAGCAAGGGAAGUAGAUUUGAGUUUGUGACAGAGCAGGGGGGAUGUGCACUUGACAGUGUUGGGGGGUGUGGAUGGAAUGAGAAAUGUGGUGUGGUCGAUGAUGACGUUGGGAGGGGUGAGUGCAAUUGUGGAAGUCUGGGGGGUUACAGAGGAAGUAAAAUUGCUCAUUUGGAAGAGGAGAGGGAGGGCGGUUGGCUUGAUGUGUGGAGGUAGGACCGUUGACAGCUGGGGUUGGCUGAAAGAAUGACAUGCUAUGACGAGAUCGAAUAGGGUUGAUUCUGUAGUAGCUUUCUAUUUGUUCACUUGUUCAAAGAUUUCACUGCGCCUCUGCAAGACGUAGUAUAUAUUGGUACCCAGUUAAUAUUCUUCUUCCAUACUCAAAAGUACAAAGAAAAGGUCUUAAGAAGGUAAGUCACCGUUUCACUCCGUAUGACUCACUAUCAUAAUGGAUCUUUGAUCAUCGCACGGAGUUCGCGAUAAAGGACUGAGGAAGGGUUUGAAGAGAAGAAAGGAAGGGAAGUCUUUGUUUUCCAGUCGGAUCUCUGCCAACUUUCUCAAAGGUCGAACUUCAGUCUUUCGACUCCCAAGACGAUUCGCGUGUAGAAUCCUGCUGGUACUGGCUAGGCUGAAGCCUGAGAUCAUCAGUGAAAAAGGAGGCUUCGUUAGUCGACCAUUUAGUUGAAUCCUCGAAAUCAUCUCGCGAUGAUGACUGGUAGGGCUUAACUUGAGCUUGAAUUGCGAAUGGGACAACCGUAGUUGACAUGGCUACAUUAACGAGAGAAUCGAAUCGAAGGCUCGAAUUGCGUUCGGAGUAUUUUCGCAGAUCUUUAGCGGACGAGUAAGGACUGGCAGAAAAACAGUCGAGCCGAAGUCCGCCUCGGCGCAUCGGGGAAAGCGGCGGUUAUUUCUCCGUGCCUGCAAAGUCCCUAUCGUCAUUGCCGCGACGUCUCGUUUUGUGCGCAUCUGUAGAUGCAACGUUCUCCCAUGUCCAUUACUCAUAUAAAUACCACACAU